AUGCUAGGCGAGCAGUUGGAAGGCCAUGUACUGCCAUUAUCACUGGGGACAUACGGCUGUCGAGUCGUUCAGAAAGCAUUCGAACGUGUGGAUGAAAAGCAGAAAAUUCGCUUGGGACAAGAACUUCAUCCAUAUGUCCUGGAUUGUGUGCGAGACCAAAAUGCGAAUCAUGUCAUUCAAAAGAUUCUCGAGCAAGUGCCCAGCACCCACCUGGAUUUCAUUGCGGCAGCCUUCCGCGGGCAUGUACAGAUUUUGGCGUCACAUUGUUAUUCGUGCCGUGUGCUGCAGAGGAUUUUUGCAUAUUGCAGUGAGGAUCAGCGUCGGCCCUUGCUGGAUGAGAUGCAUCGCGACACGCUGCGCCUCAUGCAGGAUCAGUAUGGCAAUUACGUUGUGCAGUGGGUGCUUCAACAUGGCGACGAGCGCGAUCGUCUUGCCAUUGUGCGUGUGACGAAGACUCAUCUUCCGCUGUCGCGCCACAAGUUUGCGUCGAAUGUCGUUGAGCAUGUGAUUCAAGUGGCACCACCGACGGAUCUGACGGAUUUGCUUGAAGAGCUUCUGGCGCCUCUAAGCCCGUCGGACGCUGAAGGCCUGCCACUCCUUCUUGAAGGCACGUCACCCCUGUGCAUUGCCACGAUCAUGAUGCAGGAUCAGUAUGCGAACUAUGUCCUUCAGCGUUUUCUUCAGACGCUUCAUGGACACAAUCGCGAGCGUCUUGUCCAGACAAUCCGUCCCGUUCUGUAUGCACUACGCCAGCGACAAGCCAUCCUUGCUGCGCAGACCAACGCGGCGUCGCCCUAUACCGCAAGCAUCCGAAUUCCUGGUGGGGGACACAUUGGGAAUAAGCCACUGCAGGCCAUUGAACGACUUAUUGAGCAAGGUCCCUGA